CCGACAACGUCUUCUUCCCCAGCUCGCGGCCCCCGCACCUGGAGGAGCUGCACAACCAGGCUCAGCAGGGCCUGAAGUCUCUGCAGUACCAGGAGAAGCAGAAACAGACCAAAAGUGCCUGGGACCACGGGGACACCAGCAGCCUCCAGUCCUGUGCAUCCUCGGAGGAUGACAGCGUGUCCUUCCGGAGCCGCACGGCCUCCUGUGCCACGGACAGCACCUCUGAGGACGCCCUCUCCAUCCGCUCCGAGAUGAUCCAGCGGAAAGGCUCCACCUUCCGACCACACGACUCCUUCCCCAAAUCCUCAGAGAGGACUGGCAAGAAGAGGAAGGAGAGGAGGACGACAGUGCUGGGCAUCCCCCAGCACGUCCAUAAGGAGCUGGCCCUGCUCAAGGGUGGGCAGGGGUCCGGCGAUGCCAUCCGCAUCCCAACCAUCGACGGCAACCUGCAGCCCGUGCCCGGCGGUGCCCGCGUCUGCCUGGGAGCCUUGGAGGCAGAUACAGCCCUGCAGAAACACAUCAACAGGGUCUACUACGACGACACGUUGCUGGGGAGGAAGACAACAGCCAAGCUGUCCCCUUUGGUGAGGCCGAAGUCGCUGGCCGUGCCAGGCAUGACCACCCACGCCACCCCCCCGGAGAUGCUGACGGGCCCCGUCAUGUCCAUCUCGCCCCAGGGCACCUACAUGUCCAAGAUCAUCCCCAACGCCAUCCUGCCGCCCAUGGUGGACGUGGUGGCGCUGACGCGGAGCAGC